AAGGGCUAUAGCUCACUUCCAACAAUGAAAAAUAAUUGCAACAUGAAAACCUGGAUUUUUGUGAAUAGGAAUAAGCAAUUUAUCAAUCACUUCGAAAUUUCCAAUCACGUAAUUAAGUCAACACCGAAUUAAGAAAAAAUUCCAAGUCCCUUAUUCAUCGCAAAUAUAAUUGAAAGUCCUCGCAAAUGAUAACAUCGUUGUCUCGAAUAUUUUGAACAUUUUUCUCAGUUUAAACUGGAAUCCACGUUAUAACAGCGCCAGCAAUCUUUUCCAACUAAAAUGCAAUCAUGAUCUACAUAAAAAAAAUGCUAUACUGUCGCAAAUUAUUUGUACUUGAUGAUUAAGCGCAGGCGCUGGCGUCUCCAGAGCAUUUAUCCAGCAGCUUAUACCCGUUAAAUGCAGUCGUAUUUCCACAACCAUCGGUCGUACACCACCCAGGGUGUUCCCAGCGUUACAAAUGUCACAAUUGUCGUCGGCAGCCGACAUGGAUUUCGCUGGGAUCAAGCCCAUCAGAUACACUCGCUGGCUUCUGACAAUUGUGGGAAUUUGGCCAGUCAUCAAAAGAUAUUCAACACCACAAGAUCAUUUUCUCGCUAUCAUAGUCAGGCUAGUGUGUUACCUUUUAGCUUUCUUUGCUAUGAUACCAGGUCUAUAUUUCAUGUUUUUUCGAAAAGCAACGAGUGUCAAAGAUAAAGUGGCUCUUGUUGGUCCAGUUGGUUUUUGGGUGAUGGUGACAAUGAAAUAUACCAUUAUGAUAUACCGUCAGAAGGGGAUAAAAAAAUGUAUCGAGCAUAUCGAGACCGACUGGCAGAGGAUUAAGAGUCAAGAAGAGCACGAUAUUGUAUUUAAGAAUUUUCUCAUCAGCAAAAAAAUAACCAUCAUAUGCGCAUCGUUUAUAUACUCUGGUGGAUUAUCUUAUCACACAGUUGUACCAUUUGUAGUAGGAAGUGCUGUUACCACUGAUCGUGAAGAUCGACCUCUUAUUUUUCCUGGUUAUGAUGAUGCUUUUGAUGUCUAUGCUACACCUGUCUAUCAUUUUGUAUUUUUGUCGCAUUGUCUUGGUGCUUUUAUUAUGUAUACUGUGAGCAUUAUUAGUUGUAAUCUCGCUGCUAGUUUCUGCAUUCACGCUUGCAGUCAACUUCAAAUUGUGAUUUUGAAGCUCAAUGGGCUGGUUGAACGUGGAUAUAAUGAAUGUAGUGAAUCACUCCGAGAUAAGUUGAAGUCCAUCGUGUGGAAUCACGUAAGAGUGCAAAGAUAUGCUGCGGAUAUCGAGAGAGUACUGCGUGAAAUAUGUUUAGUAGAAAUUUUAACAUCAGUUAUUAUCAUUUGUUGGUUGGAAUAUUUCGUGCUAAAGACGUGGGACGACAGUGAAACGAUAGGAAUAGUAACUUAUUUCAUACUAUUGAUGUCUCUAACUUUUAAUAUAUUCGUUUUUUGUUUCAUCGGUGAACUUCUGAAGGAACAGUGGAAUGAAACUGGGAAAUCAGCGUACCUAUUGGACUGGGAUCGGGUAUCACCCAAGAUAGCUAGGGCGAUAAUCCUAAUAAUUGCCACUGCACAAGUGCCAAAAAAAAUAACAGCCGGUGGACUCCUUGAAUUAACAUACACGAGUUUUACUUCAGUAAAUUUCCGCCUCAUUUGUAAUGAAAUCUUCACUGAUAUAUCUGAACAUUCUGAGGCAUAUGAACCUAUGACUGGUCCUCUCAAUAUGAGUGCUCCAUCCGCUCUGUCAAGUGCUUCUUUCUCAAAUGGCGAGAUCGAUAUGAAUCACGCUGCUUAUAGUCGAAUAUCUGCCCUCACUCAGUCACAAUUUUUUUCCAAGAAUACAUACGCAAGCGCACAGGUCCCUGCCAGUUCUCACGUAUUUCAAACGUCAGUUUUCUCAAUUCUUUUCAUUUCCCAACAUCUCUCCAACGUUCUCCAUGAUACUUCAAUGACAAUGUCAGUUGACAAAGUGAAAAACUCAUCAGAAGAAAUAGAAACCAUUCAACUGACUCGAUGGCUCCUGAUAACACUAGGUCUUUGGCCAUUUGUGACUGACAAUUCCACAAUUAUCGAAACAUUCCUUGGAAUAAUAAUUCAAAUACUCUCUUACGGUCUUCUAUUCUUUACAAUUGUCCCCACGACGUACCACAUAUUCAUGCGCGAGCAAAAUUUAGACGCCAAGAUAACAUUAAUCGGUCCAAUCUGCUUCUUCACAACAAAUUUCCUCAAGUACUGUGCCAUUGUUUACCAUCGUGAGGACAUAAAGCAAUGUCUAAACUCCCUGAAAACUGACUGGCAACUACUAACGACUCAGAGUGAUCGUGACAUCAUGAUGAAGAGUGUGUCAACAGGAAGAAAUUUGACAAUUUUCUUCGCUAUUUUUAUGUACAGCGGUGGAAUGUUCUAUCACACAUUCAUGCCAUUUCUCAUCGGGAGUCCAGUAACAAAUGCGAAAAAUACUUCCACUAGGCCAUUGGUCUACGCAGGUUACGACAUACUUUUCGAUCCUUAUAUCUCUCCUGUCUACGAAAUAGUGUUUUUCUCCCAUUGUCUCACUGCUAUGGUUGUUCACACUAUUGUCACUGUUUCUUGUAAUCUCGCUGCCAGUUUUGUGGCACAUGCUUGCGGACAGAUACAAAUUAUAAUUGUCAGGCUCAAUUCCCUGAUCGAUGAUAUUGCUCAGGACAGUGCUCGUAGUCAUCGAAAAAUGGCGAGUAUCAUUGACUAUCACGCCAGGGUUAUCAGAUUUACUGUUGACGUUGAAGUUAUUCUUCGAGAAAUAUGUAUGAUCGAGGUUGUGGCAUCUACCUUCGUAAUUUGCCUACUUGAAUACUAUAUUCUGGCGACGUGGAAUGGAAGUGAAAUAAUCGGUAUCCUCACUUAUCUCGUACUGUUAGUAGCCCUGAGUGUCAACGUUUUCAUAUUUUGUUUUAUCGGUGAAAAGUUGACUCAACAGUGCUACGAGGUGAGCAAAGCUGUUUACAUGAUAAAAUGGUAUCGCUUACCACCGGAUGUGGCUAUAGCACUGGUGCUAUUUCUAGCUAAUGCACAAGUACCGAGGAAAAUUACGGCUGGAGGGUACAUGGAUUUAUCACUUAACAGUUUUGUUAAGGUGCUGAAAACGUCAGUUGUUUAUCUAAAUUUACUCAGAACUGUAGAGAAUUAGUUGAUGUUCUUUAUCAAAUUCUUCGUUGCUAGUCACAUGCAAUUAUCAGAAUUGUAAGAACGACUCAUUAUAAACUGUCGAUUAACGCAGCCGACAGAUACAUGACACCAAGUAAUAGUGAAAAUAUGUAGAGAUAAAUGACUGAUUAGAAUUGAAUAACUGUAAUGAACGUUACGUUCGUGACUGAAUAAAGGAUUACUAAUGAUUGACA